AUGCCGUCCCUCUAUGAGGCCCUGCGAGUGAGCAACUCUGCUGCAGAGGGAGAAUUGCGUUCUGCUUACCGGCGACAGGCGCUGGCAACCCACCCGGACAAGGGAGGCACGCCAGAGGCUUUCAGGCUUGUGGUCGCUGCUUUUGAGACCCUCACGGAUCCAGUGCGUCGGGCAGCAUAUGACCAGCAGUUGGCACGCAAAGCCGCGUUGGAGAUACGGCGAGGCGACAUGAAUGGCCACAGCCAGGGUUCCAAGCCGACAAAGAGGCCAAGGGACCAAGGCGAACGGAGGGAACCAAAGAAGGCAAGGGGCAAUGACGUGCGGGCGGCGGACAAUGCAGCGGAGAGCGCUCCUGGAGCUGAGCGAACUCCUCAAGACACCGGCCACAAAACAGGCACGGAGAAGCUGCCAGAGAAGCCACCGCAGGAUGGCCGAGGCUUUGCACUUCUGGUUCAAGAGCUGCUUGGGUUAUCGCAACGAGCACUUCGGGCCCGCGUCAAGCGCAUGUCGGAGGAGUUCUUGCGAGGUCUGCUGGAAGCCCUGGAGUGCUACGAGAAGGGUGCAGCGCAAGUAGCCGGCGCGUGCAGUUCUGAUAGCAGCACACAGGCAUCUGACAGCGAAGCAGAAGCAUCUGAGGAAGCGGAGCCCAUGCUGGCCAUCUGCCAUGUACCUUCAGGCGCGCCUGAAGACGAUGGUGAGGAUGCGAACGAGGGAGCCGUGGGUGACAAGAGCAAAGAGCAAGGCAGUGAGACAAAGCUUCUGCGGGGCAUCUGUAGGAUCAAGAGGGACCGUUCUUAUCAGGCAAGUGUGGGUUUCAAAGGUGUUGGGGCAUACUCGCAAAGGAGUGUGGAUCUGGACAAAAUCAUCGACAUGCAUAUCAGCAUGGUACGAAUGCGACAGCGUUUCUACGAGCACUUGGCUGCUGGCCAGGGCUUCAAAGAGGCCCUCAGUGAUGCGGUCGCUGAGAUGCAUUCUGCCAGGGCCUCUUCAAUGUCUCCCGCUAUCCUUUUGCGUUUCCGCUAUAGCCGCACGACCAAGAGCGUGCCCGCCCCGGACCUCCGCUGCAAAGCAUUGUUCAAGAACCAGGGCAUUCCGGACCAAUUCCAGCACCGCGAGUUUGAAUCCGUUAUGACGUCGGAAGAAGCAAACUUGGAGAUGCUGCAGAGCCUGAUGAAGCACGGAGUCAUAAUCAUGGACAACGUGACACCAGCCGAGGAUGCCAGCGUGCUCUUGCACUUCGCGAACCAGUGCUUGGGAGGAAUGCAUCCAGAAGAAGGAGUCGGCAAAGAGUGUCAGCUAUGCUCAGACCGUCCGGCUGAACAAUCACACCGAUCAGUCGGUGGCAGCACACGGCGUCCCAGCCCUUCUCUUGGUCGUCAACUAUGUCCAUGGGACAGGUUGUAA